AUGCUAAUCAGUGAAAGAGCCUAUUGCUGGUCAGGAGCAAUAGCCUGAAGCAGAUCAGAAGGAUAUUUAGUUGACAUGAAAUCCAGAAAACUCUCAAAAGAUCACAGUCUUACAGCCUGCCAAGGCCUAGGCCUGCCUCACAACUGGCCAGAAGAGGCUUCCAGUCUCCAUGGUGGUGAUGAUGCAGCCAAAGCUACUAAUCCAUUCUUGAAUGAACUGUCAGCCUCCAACCCAUUUCUGGAUGACAUCACACAGCUGAGAAAUAACCAAAAAAGGGACAAUGUUUCCAUCUUGAAGGAGGAUCCUUUUCUCUUUGUGAGACAAAUAGAAAUGGAAAAUUCUUUUGAUUCCUCAGGUGAUGAGCUUGAUGUGCAUCAGUUACUUAGGCAGUCUUCCUCAAGGAAAUCAGGAAGAUCCAAGAGUGUUUCUGAACUCCUGGAUAUCUUAGAUAAUGCCACCCAAGCUCAGAGUGCACACAGCUCUGACCAGAUCCUAAUACAAGACUUAGAAUGGCUGCAAAAUGAUCGAGAAGCUUAUAAAAUGGCCUGGCUAAGUCGCCGACAGCUGGCCCGCUCCUGUCUGGAUUUAAAUACAAUUAAUCAGAGUUCUGGAUGGGCUCAAACACAAGUAGCAGAGACCAUUAUAGUUUGCAAAUUAAACCACCAAGGAGGGUCAGUCCAACUACCGGAAGCAGAUAUCACCAUACAUGUGCCCCAAGGGCACGUAGCUGUAGGAGAAUCCCAAGAGGUGUCUUUAAGAGCGUUUCUGGAACCUCCACCAAUGCUUAACCAUGAUCUUUCCUGCACUGUAAGCCCUCUGUUGGAAAUCAUGUUAAGCAACCUUAAUGCAAAGGAAGCUAUUUUGCUGGAGAUGAAGAUUGGGGCUGAAGUGAAAACAGAUCCUCUCAGCCAAGUCAUGACAGAGAUGGUGUGUUUCCACAGUUUGGAUAGACAAGGCCCUUUCAAAGUGCUCAACAACUGCUAUGUUUAUAAAGACACCAUCCAGGUCAAGCUCCUUGGUUUGAGCCGGGUGAUGUACAUAGUGAUAGCUGCACAGGCUAAAGCCAUUCAGCCACCGGCUGCCAGCGUUUGGGAUUAUAUCCACAAAAUCACCUCCAUUGGAGUUUAUGGACCCAAAUAUAUUCAUCCAAGUUUUACUGCUGUUUUCAUGGUUUGUGGACACAACUAUUUGCCAGGAAAGCUUACAGUCUCUGACAUUAAGAAAGGUGGAACAAACAAAGCUCCAGUUGUAUUUCAGCUCUGGGGGAAGCAUUCGUUUUUACUUGACAAACUACAAGACUUAAGUAUGUCUGCCUUUUCAUGCGAUCCUGAUUUUAAAGUUAAGGUAGAAGGAGAAAAGAAAAUAAUUAAACAAAGGCAGUUAGAAGCAGGUUCAGUGGUUCAUCAGCAAGUUUUAUUUUCUUUAGUUGACCACAAAGAGAUGCACUUGUUUGUUUUCCGUGUUCAGGUGGAAUCUCCCAAUGGAAAACCAGUUGCUCAGUUCUUUAUCACGUCACCUGAUCCAGCCCCAAACCUAAGUAGGCUCUCAAAACUGCCAGGUUAUUUCCAGAAGGCGAAAGAAAGCAAGACAACUCCCACGUUACCAACAGGGCCUGUUAAGUAUCCCACUUUCCAAAACAAAAAAUUGAACUUUACCAACUACGGGGUUACCCUGAAGACAGUACUGAGGCAAAGUCAAAUUGAGUAUUUACUUGAAUACUUCAAAGGGGACACAAUAGCCCUUCUUGGCGAAGGUAAGGUAAAAGCCAUUGGGCAGUGUAAAGUGAAAGAAUGGUAUGUGGGGGUCCUCCGAGGUAAGAUUGGACUCAUACAUUGCAAAAAUGUCAAGGUGAUUACCAAAGAACAAGUGAUGUCUAUGUCUGAUGGCACUUUGACAACCAGGAAUCUUCUUGAACAAAUUGCUUUGCCCUUUAAAAAACUAACUUAUAUAUACUCAGUUGUAUUGAAUCUGGUGUCAGAAAAAGUUCAUGACUGGAAAGUUUUGGCUGAUGUCCUGGGCUACUCACAUCUAACACAGGAAGAUUUUGAUCAGUUUCAAGCAGACAAAGAACCAGAAAAGGUUUCUUAUGUUGUAAAGAAGUUAAAGGAAGAUUGUCACACAGACAGAAAUACGAGGUUUCUUUAUGAAUUAGUUGUGGCUCUGCUGAAGAUGGAUUGUCAAGGGUUAGUAGCUCAUCUUAUCCAAGAGGCUGUUAUUCUGACCUCAGCUGUCAAGCUUGGAAAAGGCUGGAGAGAACUCGCUGAAAAGGUAGCAGGACUCACAAAACAUCAAAUGGAGGCAUAUGAAAUUCCUCACCGGGGAAAAUCUGGAACUGUUGCAGCCGAGACAAUGUGGAAACCUGCCUAUGAUUUUCUAUACACAUGGAGUGCUCACUAUGGAAAUAGCUACAGAGACCUGUUACAAGACCUUCAAUCAGCUUUGGAUACAAUGAAAAACCCCGUGACCAAACAGUGGAGAGACUUAACUGGAACUUUAGUGCUAGUAAAUUCUUUAGAGGUUUUGAGAACGACUGCAUUUUCCACUUCUGAGGAUGUAUAGAAUCGAAGCAUGUUUGAGAGGCAGGGAAAAUGGCAGAGGAAAAGUGUGUGUGUAUGUGUGUGCUGUGUGUGUGGUGUGCGGAGUGUUUGUGUGUGUGG